AUGUCGAACCUUAAUUCAUGGGAAGACGACCCUGCUGCCCAGGAUGACAACCUUUCUCGUCAAACACAGCAAAUGAACUUAGGUAGCAAUGCCCAAUCCCAAGGAGGGGCAGGCGGCUUCCGUCCGGGCGCAAAUUCGUUCCAGCCUGGCGCGCAGACGUUCCAACCCUCUGGACAGUUCCAGCAAUACGGAGGAGGAGCACCAGCAGCAUAUGAUCAGGGAGGUUACCAACAAAAUUACUACAACAACAACUAUUCACAACCGCAAUAUGCCCAGCAAGGCGGCUACCAGGGAGGAUACAAUGCAGGCUACAGCCAAAAUCAAAAUCAGGCAGGCGGCUACAAUCAAGGAUACUCGCAACAAUACAGCGGCUACUCGCAGCAACAACAACCACCACAAGCAGCCCCCGCCACCGCGCAACAACCUCUACGGCAGACGCCCACAAUUGCGAAACGCCCGGCGGAUGGCUCCUCCGGAGCAGCGGAACUGAACAAACCGGUUACUACCAAAGCAGGAGCGCCGAAGGUCUUGAGCAUCGGAGGGGAUGCACCGAAGCCAAAGGCCAAGAUUCUUUCGAUAGGCUCUCCUACCCCAGCGGCAGACUCUUCAGCGAAGAAGGAAACACCAUCCACUCCAGAAGCAGGGGCGAAGGCCGCCGCGACCAAGGCAAUCGAGAAGACCGAGAAGAAGGACUCUGAAAGUGACAGGACCUCACCCGCACCAUCAUCUGGACGAUCAAGCCCUUCACGCGCGGCUGCUAGAGCGACCCGCGAUGCUGAUGCUGUAGAGAAAGAGCAAGCAGCCGACGUCGACGAGGAGACCUUGAAAGAAAUAUACGGGAAAGAGCACGUCAACAUCAUCUUCAUUGGCCAUGUAGACGCAGGCAAGAGUACGCUGGGCGGGAGUAUCCUCUAUGCGACCGGCAUGGUUGACGAACGGACAAUGGAGAAGAACAAGAAGGAGGCCAAAGAAAUGGGCCGUGAGACGUGGUAUCUCUCCUGGGCUCUGGAUCUUACCAAGGAAGAGCGAUCCAAGGGAAAGACAGUUGAGGUGGGACGUGGCUACUUUGAGACCGAUAAACGAAAGUACAGUAUUCUGGACGCUCCUGGCCAUAAGACGUACGUCCCCAGUAUGAUCGGUGGUGCUUCCCAAGCCGACGUUGGUAUUUUGGUCAUCAGUGCCCGGAAAGGAGAAUACGAGACUGGUUUCGAGAAGGGAGGCCAGACCCGUGAACAUGCUAUGUUGGCAAAGACCCAAGGUGUCAACAAGCUCGUUGUGGUCAUUAACAAGAUGGACGACCCAACUGUUGAAUGGUCGGAGAAGAGAUACACUGAAUGCACAACGAAGCUGGCCCAGUUCUUGAAGGGGACCGGAUACAACCUGAAGACAGAUGUUUUCUUCAUGCCGAUAGCUGCACAGCAAACGAUUGGUAUCAAGGACCGAGUUCCAAAAGAUCUUGCCCCGUUCUACGACGGCCCCUCAUUGCUCGAAUACUUAGAUAACAUGACCACACUCGAACGCAAGAUCAAUGCCCCUUUCCUGAUGCCGAUCAACGGCAAGUAUCGGGACAUGGGCACCAUGGUCGAAGGGAAGGUCGAAUCCGGCGUUGUUAAGAAGGGCAUGUCCCUAGUGAUGAUGCCGAAUCGUGUCAAGGUAGAUGUAUCAGCAGUUUAUGACGAAACAGAAGAGGAGUCUUCCCUUUCACAGUGCGGUGACCAAGUCAAGAUUCGGUUGCGCGGAAUAGAAGAAGAAGACAUCAUGCCCGGAUUUGUGCUAUGCUCUCCAAAGCGUCUUGUCCACUGUGUCUCAUCAUUCGAGGCACAAAUCAGAUUCUUAGAAGUUAAAUCCAUCGUCUCUGCAGGCUAUGAGUGUGUGCUACACGUCCAUUCUGCCAUCGAGGAGGUGCAGUUCGAAAAGCUGCUUCAUAAGCUCCAAAAGGGGACGAACAGAAAGUCCAAAUUGCCGCCAACUCAUGCUAAAAAGGGUGAUGCCAUUAUAGCGAGACUUGACGUGAUUGGUGGCGCUGGUUCUGUGUGUCUCGAAAAAUUCGAGGACUAUCCACAAUUAGGCCGCUUUACGCUUCGUGAUCAGGGUCAAACCAUCGCCAUUGGCAAGAUCACUAAACUGAUCACUUCAGAAGAUGCUGCCUAA